GCUUAGGAUAAAAUGUUAUGCAAAGAAUAAUGGCGUCUGUGAUAUUUUAGCAGAUGCUUUUGUUUUGUGCACUCCAUGUAACUAGUGCCUUAAAAUCACCCCAAAUGUUUAACAUUUACUACUCCUUAAUUGCUAUCAAUCUAGUCGCUAUUGUCAUAAGGAGUCAAGAAAAUGGAUUUCGAUGCAGAACGGGAUCUGUUGUACCUUUGGAUAACCUGUGCGACUUCACUGAUCAAUGUGAGGAUAGCAGCGAUGAAAGUCAAUGUUCCCUGAAUGAAAAAUGUGAUUUUGAGACAAGUUUUUGUGGUAUGACAGCUGAAGGAUGGAUUAGAACCAGUGGGCUUGGAAAUACAAGUCCAGUUCAUGACCACAGAUUCAAUGACACAGGUCACUUCUUGGCACUUUCUUCUCACACUAAGCCGUCCACUCAAGCUACUCUACAGAGCAUGGAUUUCCUUCCAACUAAUGAUAAGGUGCUUUGCCAGCUGAGAUUUUAUCACUUUGCGGAUGUUGACGGGACGCUCAUGGUAGGACUACGUAUGCAAGAUCAAGAUCAAGUAAAUAACAUCUGGAUACAAAACUCAACGCAUACAAAUGUCUGGAGGCGAGAGGUCAUUUCCAUCAGUAGCACAGAAAGAUUUAAGAUUGUCAUCCAAGGAAGCGUUCUGGGGAACGCCAACAGUCCUGGAGCAAUAGCCAUUGACGAUAUUUCUUUUAGUGAAGGUUGUUUAACUGCAGCUGGACUUUUUUGUGACUUUGAAAGUAACAUGUGCGGCUGGACCUCCAGCUCGUCAGCAGAGUUUACCCCCUGGAUUCAUAAAAAGGAAGAAACAAUUGUGUCUCUAAAUUCAGGAGCUAUAAGUGAUUUCAGCAACAAUGCCAAAGGGUCGUUUAUGUUUUUUGGAGCAGGGAACAACACCUUACAGAACGGUGCUUAUAUGAUCAGCCCGCGGUACUUCAGCACCGGCACAACCUGUCAGUUCCAGUUUCAUUAUGAAAUAGAGGGGAAUAAUCUUCUGAAGCUUCUUCUAUACACAGAAGAGAUGGAAGAAAUACUUUUUGAACACAAUAGUUCAACAGAAAGUCAAUGGAUUAAAGGGGAAGUUUUUAUUCCAGAACAUUCAAAGGGAUUUCAGCUUGCAUUUGAAGGAAGAAUAACCGGCAGCAAAGGGUUCAUUGCUUUGGAUGGUUUCAGAAUCGUUGGCUGCAAAAUAUCCACAAAGCUGCUUAAAUCUCCCAAUGAAUUGUGUCUGAGCGCCCAGUCAGCAUGUGAUUUUGAGCUGGAUUGCGAAGAUGGAAGUGAUGAAGAUCCAGGAUAUUGUAGAAAUUUUAGCAGAUGUGACUUUGAAUCUGGCUUUUGCAACUGGACACCACUCCAAACAGGUGGCCAUAGCUGGAAAGCAACCAGCGGAAGAAAGUCACAGGAUCAACUCCUUCCAAAUGAAGACCACACAACUAAAACAGAAUAUGGAAAUUUUAUUUAUGUUAGUGGACAUUUGGGGCAAGAUAAAAAAUACUCUUCAAGGCUUGGAAGUUCUUUUUUUGUAAAGCCUCUUUGCCAGAUCCAGCUUUGGUACUACCUACAGGAUGCUUCCAGGUUAUCAAUUUUUAAAAGACUUGUUAAUAAGGGGUCUUCGCUACUGCUGCUAAAAGAAAUAACAGGUCCAUCUGAUAACCACUGGAGAAAGGCAACUAUUCAGCUCGACACAGAUUCACUAGAUAUAACGGACCAGGCCCAGAUUAUUAUGGAAGCUUCAAUUUAUUCAGAUAAUUCCACUGUUGCUGUUGAUGAUAUCAGUCUAUCUCCAGAGUGCUUCAUUGCAAAUAACUCGAAUUCAGAUCGGCCAAACGAACCUUUAUCUUUCAAUUGUCCAGCUGGGUAUGUGCCCUGUGGAGAUGGCAACUGUUUGCCUUGGAGAAAAUUUUGUGAUUUCACUCUGGAUUGUUCUAAUGGUGCUGAUGAAUCCUUAUGCUCUGCCAAAUGUGACUUUGAAAGCGAUACAUGUGGCUGGUAUGAAAGAUUCCACGACAAUUCAUUUGACUGGAUACGAGGUUCAAGAAGCACCCUGUCUAGUGAUUACCAGAAGCAAGCCCCUCCACACGAUCAUACGUCAAACAAACCAGAAGGUCAUUUUAUGUUCCUUCGGAAAGAAACAAGCUUGAAUUCACCGGUUGCAGAAUUAAGAAGCCCCAGAUUCAGCCAGGCAGCAUCAGGCUGUACAAUGACCUUCUGGUAUUACAAUUAUGGGCUGUCUGUUGGUACAGCGGAAAUGCAAUUGCACGUUGAUAGCGAGUUAAUGCCUACAGUGUUAUGGAGGACAUACUACGAUCAGGGAAAUCAAUGGUUUAAAGCAUUCAUUCAGCUUGACCGUCUAUCUAAACCCUUCCAGUUAUCAUUGAAUAAAAUGAAUCUAGAAUAUUACAAUGGAGUGUCAGCGAUUGAUGAUAUUACAUUUGAAAACUGUUCUCUCCCUCCUCCGGUGACAAACUGCGAAGGACCUGACCUUUUCUGGUGUAAACACACCAAGGCUUGCAUUAGCCAUUUAUUGGUAUGUGAUCUUAUUGAUGAUUGUGGAGAUGGAUCUGAUGAGGUCAAUUGCUCAUCUGAAUUACAGUGUAAUUUUGAACAUGGGCUUUGUAACUGGGUACAAGAUUUUGAAGAUGAUUUUGACUGGACCAUAAAUCAAGGUUCAACUCCAACACUUGAUACCGGACCCAUGAAAGAUCAUACUUUUGGGACAGCAAAAGGCCAUUACCUUUAUAUUGAGUCUUCGGAGCCUCAAGUACACAAAAAUCAAGCGGUCUUACUGAGUCCAACGAUAGAUGCCACGGUGAACCACGGAAAUAAAACCUGUACUUUCAGAUUGUUCUAUCACAUGUAUGGAAGGCACAUUUAUUCCUUGGCAAUAUACAAGAGGACGAUGAAGAACACUAGGGGCCAAUUAUUGUGGCAAGUAUUUGGGAAUAAAGGAAACAGAUGGCUGAAAAAAAACCUUCAUAUUAAUAGUUCCCAACCAUUUCAGCUAAUGAUCACUGGGAUCAUCGGUGAUGGUUUUACAGGAGAUAUUGCGAUUGAUGAUCUGUCAUUUUUAGGUUGUUCUCUGUAUAAUGGUGUUUUGCCCACCAAGGAACCAAUUUCCGUAGAAACUUCAACCAUGCCAACAUUACCUAACCAUAACUGUACAUCAGAGGAAUUUAUUUGCAGGAAAACUGGAAAGUGCAUACCAGUGGCAAAUGUGUGUAAUUUCAGAGCAGACUGCCCAGAUAACUCUGAUGAAGAGGAAUGUGCAUCUAGCUACUGCAGCUUUGAAAACCAAAGCAUGUGCAAAUGGCUUCAACCCAAACAAGAGCUCUAUCGCAAAGAUACAGCAUUCCAGUGGGAACUUGGACAAGGAAGCAGCAUCCAUCCUGGAGAAGAAAGCCAUCGACCGCUUAAAGACCAUACUUUGUCCUCAGAGGAAGGCUGGUACAUAUAUGCAGAUAGUUCUAAUGGACAAUUUGGUCAUAUCGCUGAGAUCACGACUCCUGUGAUUUCUCAAACUGGACCCAAAUGCAAGCUGGCGUUUUGGAGUUAUAUGAAUGGAGCAACUGUGGGCACUUUAGAAGUUUUAAUUCAAUUUGGCAAUUUAACUUACAAGCUGUGGUCUCAAAGUGGCAGGCAAGGUGCCCAGUGGAAGAGAGCAGAAGUAUUUUUAGGGACGCUAACAAAUUUUCAGAUCGUCCUUCGAGCUUUGCGUGGAGUGAGUUAUGUAGGAGAUGUGACAGUCGAUGACGUUUCCUUUGAAGGCUGUGACCCAAUGCUGAUCCUUGACAAGGAAUGUACAACUGAUGAAUUCAUGUGUUCCAAUAAAUACUGUAUUCCUAAGGACAACUUAUGUGAUUUUGUUAAUGACUGCGCUGACAACUCUGAUGAGAAUCCUUACAUCUGUAGGUUUUUUGGACGUUGCAAUUUUGAGUUUGACCUCUGCGACUGGAAACAGGACGAGAACGAUGACUUCAACUGGAAUCUGGGAUCUGGCAGCACUCCAACUUAUGGCACGGGACCAGCAACCGAUCAUACCUUGCAAAACCCAUCUGGUUAUUAUAUCUUCAUAGAAAGCUCAUUUCCACGGCUACCCAUGCAAAGAGCAACGUUAUCAGGACCAAGGAUCAGCAGAUGGAGCAGAAACUGUAAAAUUAUUUUUUAUUUCCACAUGUAUGGUGAAGGUAUCGGCUCUCUGUCAGUGACUCAGGUGACAGUAAGCAAUCAAGAGCAAAGAUCACUGCUAAACCUUACAGGAGACCAGGGGAAUUUUUGGCAGAGACAGGAAUUAACUCUCUAUGAACUUGGAGAAGACUACUAUGUCACUUUUGAAGGAAGAAUUGGAAGAGACCAGACAGGAGACUUAGCUCUGGAUGAUAUCGUGUUUUCUAAUGAGUGUCUGCCUUCAUCUACCUGGUCCCUGGAGUCUUUACAGAAGUCAGAAAUAAAAGAAAGUUGCCCGCAAGGGUUUUUGCAAUGCAGUAAUAAAAGGUGUUACCAACCUGAGCAAACGUGUGAUUUUGUGGAUGAUUGUGGUGAUUAUACAGAUGAAAGUGACUGCGGGACCUCCUGCACCUUUGAAAAAGACAUGUGUGGAUGGCAGAACUCACAGGCUGACAACUUCAACUGGAUUUUUGGAAGGCAUUCUUCUCAAGCUCUGAGUCCUCCAACAGACCACACUCUAGGAACAGAGAUAGGCCACUUUGUGUGUCUUGAAACUUCUUUGGUUGCAUUAAAGGGUGAGAAAGCCCAUAUAAAAAGUUCCAGGUGGAAAGAGUCAAGCGUGGACUGUACACUGAGCUUCUGGUACUACAGGUCAUCAAAAGCUACGGGGACAAUACAGAUUCUAAUCAAGACAGAUACUAACCUUUCAAAAAUUUGGGAAUCUGAAAAACAAGAUGGGAAAUGGAACAAAGCAAAUGUUUACCUUGGCAAACGGAGACAUUUCGAGGUCAUUUUUGAAGGCAUUUUUACGAGAGAUUUUGGGGGAGGAGCAGCUAUAGAUGACAUUGAAUAUAUAAACUGUUCAACACUUGGAGAGCUAUCUGGGAAAUGUCCAGCAGAUACUGAUUUUGUCUGCAAAAACAAGAAGUGCAUUGAAUCCCACCUUGUCUGUGACUACAAACCAGACUGUGAAGAUUUAUCAGAUGAGACAGACUGCAGCAAAUACAACAAUAUAUCUGGCAGCUGCAACUUUGAACACCUUGAUGGAAGCGGCAACUUUAUCUGUGAUUUGACACAAGAUCAAAAUGACCAGUUUGACUGGACCAUAAGAAGGAAGAGUGGUGGUAUUAAUUCAGACCACACACCAGGUAGCGGAAGACAUUUUCUGUAUGCCAAUUCUUCAAUGCAGAAACAAGGAGACACUGCAAGGAUAUUGACAAGUAACCUUUUCCCCGUUACUCAGGAAGAUUGUAGAGUGAGGUUUUGGUAUUAUAUAUAUGGAUCACAACAAUCGGGAAAACUGAUGGUGUACAUAACUACCAGUUAUGGACUGAAUAUUCUGUUGUGGUCGGCGACUAGGAGCACAGAAGGGAGGUGGAUGUAUGCCAGUGUAAUCCUUUCAAGCAGCAGUCCUUUCAGAGUGGCAUUUGAAGCACAAGUAGGAGGGGACCCGAUUGCAGACAUUGCUGUGGAUGACAUAUCAUUUACAUUACAGUGUUCUUUUGGGGGAUCAAUAACACCGCAGCCUACAUGUCUGCCUAACGUGUUUACCUGUGUCUAUGAAAAGGAAUGUGUUCCUCUGUCUGCAAAAUGUAAUGGAAUAGAAGACUGCAUGGACGGAAGCGAUGAAAUCAAUUGCCCCACUCUGGUUCCUAGCACGGAAACUUCAACAAAAUGCAUGGAAACAGAAAUUCAGUGUGGUGAUAAAACCUGCAUCCCGUCUGCGAUGUGGUGUGAUGGAGUGCCAGACUGCCUGUUGGGAGAAGAUGAAGAUAAAUGCAGUACUAUGGCUUGCCUGGAAGGCGCCUUACUAUGUGUUUCCACUAAUACGUGCAUUCCUGUAGAACAGCGCUGUGAUGGCACAGCCGACUGCAGCCCGUUCAGUAUUGAUGAGUCUAGCUGUUCAGUUUGUCCUGAGGGAUAUUGCAAAAAUGGAGGAAAAUGUGUCAUAGAACAUGAUGUCCCUUUAUGCAAAUGUCCAAAAAAAUGGAAAGGAAACCGCUGCCACCUAAGUUCUACUCAGUCUCCUCCUUUAAUAACAGAAGACAAUGUGAAUGGCGUAUGGGUUGGUCUAAGCGCUGGACUAGUUUGUUUCUUAACUGUACUCACGGUUGCAAUCGUAUGCAUCUUCUAUAAAAGGCAAAGGAAUAAAGGAAGCAUUCAAGAAGGGUUUUCCAAUCCAGUUUAUGGAGAAACUUGCCAAACCGUACCAAAAGAGGAGGCUGACAGUAAUCUUGAUUAUAACGUCCAAAUCAGUGUUUUUCCAUGGAACGCAUUUCAACGGCACCUCAAGAAAGAGCAAAAGCCUUGUGUAUUUUCCAAUCCACUAUACGGCAAGAAAGAAGAAAGCAUUUAGUUUAGAUGUCAAAUCAUUUUGUGUAAAACCAGCAAAAUAAAAAUUACAAUAUAA